AUGUCUGGGAAAUCAUUCGCAAUGAAGUCUUCUAUUCUUUUGCUGUCACUGGCUGCAGCAACCACUUUAGCUGCUCCAGCUCCAAGCAAGAGCCAUAUUGUUCACGAACGACGGGGUGUCUUACCAGCAUCUUGGGUAGAGCCUCGCCGUGUCGAUGGCCAGGCUAAAUUACCCGUAAGAAUAGGAUUGACUCAAUCCAAUUCGGAUGUAGGCCAUGACCUUCUCAUGGACGUCUCGAACCCUUACUCGCCCAACUAUCGCAAAUACCUGACAGUCCAUGAAGUCAAUGAUCUAUUCGCUCCUGCAGAAAGUGCAGUUUCGGCUGUUCGAAACUGGCUAGAAGGUGCGGGCAUUGCUUCUGAUCGUGUUAGUCAAUCUACCAACAAGCAGUGGCUCCAAUUCGAUGGAGAUGCCGAGGAGCUCGAGCGUUUGCUCGGGACCGAAUACUACAUCUACACUCAUGCUAGUAGUGGUAGAACGCAUUUGGGAUGUGAAGAAUACCACAUCCCGAAACACCUUAGCGAGCACAUUGACUACAUCACUCCUGGUGUCAAAACACUCGAGGUCCGCGACGCUCGUCCUGCUGAACUCAAGAAACGCAGUUUCGGACUCCAAAAUCCAAUCCCACCUCUGCUGAAGGACCUUCCCGAAACCAUUGAGACCAUCAUCGAGCAACUCUUCAGUAGUACCCUUUGCGACUCCGUCAUCACUCCAGAUUGCAUUAGAACUAUGUACAACAUCACCGAGGGAACAACGGCCACCAAAGGCAACGAAUUGGGUAUCUUCGAAGAUCUGGGCGAUUAUUAUGCUCAGAAAGAUUUGGACCUCUUCUUUACUACAGUUUAUCCCAAAAUCCCCAUAGGGACUUCCCCAACCCUCAAAGGAAUUGACGGCGGCUCAGCUCCUACCACUCUCACCAACGCCGGACCGGAAUCAGACCUCGACUUUCAAAUAUCCUACCCCAUCAUCUGGCCACAAAAUGCAGUCUUGUUUCAAACGGACGACGCCAACUAUGAAGCCAACUACACCUUUAACGGCUUCUUGAACAACCUUCUUGAUGCUAUUGACGGCUCUUACUGCACAUUUUCCGACUACGGCAUUACAGGCAACACUGACGACGACCCGUCAUACCCAGACUCAGCAUCGAAUGGGUACAAAGGUAGCCUGCAGUGCGGCGUCUACAAACCCACAAACGUGAUUUCCAUCUCCUACGGCGGUGACGAAUAUGGUCUAUCAGCCAACUACCAGAAACGCCAAUGUGAUGAAUUCAAAAAGCUCGGACUACAGGGUGUAUCCGUAGUGGUAUCCUCCGGAGACUCUGGUGUUGCAGGCUCAGAUGGGUGUCUAGGUGAUGAUGGAACCAUCUUCAACCCUGACUUCCCUUCUGGAUGUCCCUACAUCACAACUGUUGGCGCCACGUACCUUCCCUCUGGCACCAGCCCCAAUGGAGACAACGAAGUAGCCGUAUCUCGAUUCCCGUCCGGUGGUGGCUUUAGCAAUAUCUACCCACAGCCAUCAUAUCAAGCGGAGGCAGUCAACACCUAUCUCACAAAGCACACACCUCCAUACAAAUCAUACAAUACUAGCGACAACACCGACAUUGGAGCCAAUGGAGGCAUCUACAACGCCGGCGGUCGUGGUUAUCCCGAUGUGGCUGCGGUAGGUGACAACGUCCUCAUUUACAAUGCCGGUCGCCCAACUUUGAUCGGAGGAACCUCAGCGUCAGCACCUGCAUGGGGAGCAAUCCUGACGCGUAUCAAUGAGGAACUAUUGGUUAAGAAGGGCACAACUGUUGGAUUCGUGAACCCUAUACUUUAUGCUCACCCUGAAGUGUUCCAUGAUAUUACCAGUGGUAACAAUCCGGGCUGUGGUACCGAUGGAUUCGAGACGGCACCUGGUUGGGAUCCUGUGACGGGAUUGGGAACUCCAAAUUACCCUGCUUUGUUGGCUCUUUUCUUGGGAGAGUAAUUAUUUUUUCUUUUGGCUUUGCAAAGGAAUAGAGGAUCUUUCUGUAUCUUUUGUAAAUACAAUCAGGUAUAAGGGCAGAAUUACUUGCCAACUCAUUUUGAAUGAGGACAGCUCGCUUAUAACCCAACAAGAGUGAUUACAUACUCUUCUGGGCCGCUGACUAU